AUAAAAUGUGUGUCAGUGGGGCAGCGCUCUCUCCCGCACAUGCAGAGAGCACAUGCAGCGCAGCUCCGCUUAAGACACACCACAGUGGAAUUAACGCUACUGACUCGCUUCUACACCCCCGCCAAUGAAAACGCGAGGAGGAAUAAAAGAGGGAGAAAAGUAAACGAGUGCUUAAGAGACUUAGAGGCACAGACACGCAGAGACAGGGCGAGAAACCCCCUGUGUAUAGAAACAACAGAGAGAGAGAGAGAGAGAGAGAGAGAGAAGGAGACAAAAAAGCAAGUCACAUUACACAGUCACCUGAAAACGUGAUUGAUGUUUGUGUUGGUGGGAGGAGGGCGUGUAUUAGUGGGUGUGUCUGUAGCUUGACAGUUCUACCCCGGAGUUUCUAAUGGCUAAGAAUUGCUGGAAUUUCUGAAAAUCGCCUGCUCUCCACUCGUGGCACAUCACACGCGCCAAGCCAAGACGCCUAUCAGAGGUCAGAGACGUUAUAUGAGAUUCAGAUAGCUGCGGAGCCCAAUCUGCUCAGGACACCUGAAGUAACGCCGGAAGCAUUGAACAGAGCUGUUCACACAGUUUCAAGAAGUGCAUGUUGCAGACGGGUUGAUUUGAUCACCCCAUGCCCUGUGUACAGAUAUUUUUCUCCGUUCUUUUUUUCGAAACCCAUCUCAUAUACCGGUUUUUCAUGACUAUUUCACCUGUAUCGAAACGACUUCUGCUUCUGUCAACUAAUAUACAGAAAAGACCAACGCAAAUUCAGGUGUAAAAUAUCAAAGCAAGAGACAGCCAAAAGAUGGACAACAGUCCUGGGGGAGUAAUUCUGUAUGCUGGCUCUACGGGCAGCGCCAGCCCCAGCCCAGGCAGCCCCUCCAGCGGGUACCAGACGCAGUCCCCUUCGUCCCACUCCCAACCCUCGUCCCCCGAGGAGGUCUCCUUCACCGAAAUUGGGGCACUGAAGCAGAGGGGGUGCGGUGGCACCCCGUCAUCACCCAAAAUGGUCUUUCAGUUUCCGGAAAUCACGAACCCCCCUGUGGUCGCCCCCACCCACGACACCCACUCCCAUCCUAUCGCAGGGAAGAGGCCACCCGGAUUCACAGGCGCCUUCACCAAAACUGGAGGGAUGGUGUUGCUGUGUAAAGUAUGCGGAGACAUCGCGUCCGGGUUCCACUACGGAGUGCAUGCCUGUGAGGGCUGCAAGGGUUUCUUCCGCCGCAGCAUCCAGCAGAACAUCAACUACAAGAUGUGCGUGAAGAACGAAAGCUGCAUGAUCAUGAGGAUGAACCGCAACCGCUGCCAGCACUGCCGCUUUAAGAAGUGCCUCUCCGUGGGCAUGUCAAGAGACGCCGUGCGAUUCGGACGCAUCCCUAAGCGUGAGAAGCAGAGGCUGAUGGAUGAAAUGCAGAGCUACAUGAACAGUCUUAACGAAUCAGCCUCCAUGGACAUAGACUCUCCACCCCCAGAGGCCCCACCCAGUCCGGAGGACAGCCAAUCAGACGAGGCUAUUGGAGCCAUCUCCCGGGCUUACCGUGACAUCUUUGUGAGUGGCCAGGACAGGCUGGGAAAGAAGGGCAACGUCAACACCAACAACAAUCCCUCCACCUAUCAGAACACCCCACUCCAGGACUCCAACUACCCUCGCACUCCCUCCCACACCUUCCCAGCCCAGAGUUACGCCACCUGCCCCUUUGCAGGGUAUCGUACCCCUCCACGCUGCCCUGUUGCUCCACGUGACAAUAACCCAUCGUUCUCAUAUGUUGACAAUGGCCGUUAUAGCCUGUCUGCCUCGUCAAAUCAAAGCCACAGCCAAUCCAAUGUGGACCCCUCCCCUCGGGGAUACCCGGCCAAUUGUAACAGCUACCCCACCGGGGAGUCCCAGAACCAAACUUCCUGUCCCUGGCGAUUGGGAACAAGCAGCAAAGUGCUGGCGUGUCCCCUAAACGCGUGUCCCGUGGCACCGGCAGGCACCUCCAGUCAGCAGGUGUGGGAGUCCUUCUCGCAGUGCUUCACACCAGCUGUGCGCGAGGUGGUGGAGUUCGCCAAGGGCAUCCCUGGGUUCCAGAACCUCAGUCAGCAGGACCAGGUCAUGCUGCUCAAAGCCGGGACAUUCCAGGUUCUGAUGGUGCGCUUCUGCACGCUCUUCAACCCUAAGGAGCGGACAGUGACCUUCCUGAAUGGGCAGACGUACCCACUGUCCACCCUGCGGGCGCUCGGCAUGGGCUCCCUGUUGGAUGCCAUGUUUGAGUUCAGCGAGAAGCUGGGCACCCUGGGGCUGGAGGCUGACGAAAUGGCCCUCUUCAUGGCUGUGGUGUUGGUCUCUGCAGACCGUUCAGGCAUUGUGAAUGUCGGGGCAGUGGAGCAGCUGCAGGAGGGCCUGAUCCGGGCCCUGCGCUCCCUCAUCACACGUAGGCGUCCCGAUGACAGCGCCCUAUUCCCCAAGCUGCUGCUGCGCCUGCCGGACCUGCGCACCCUCAACAACCUGCACUCUGACAAGCUGCUGGCCUUCCGCAUCGACCCCUGAACUCUCCACCCCCCACCCAGCCGCUCUGACCAGUCACAAACAACUGCUUGCCCCAUACAAUGCGGGCUUGGUCCCAAGCAGCCACCUCACACAGAAUCACCGAAAAAUGGAUUUUGUGACCGGAAAGAUAUUUAAACGGUGCAGGUUGAUUCUUAACAUUGAUUUCCAGCUGCGGACACAGCUCUUUAAGUGUUUGAUUUGGAAAAGCAGUCACAGAUUGGCAUCUUCCUCAGACUCCCUGUAUUCCAUCGUAUUCUCUGCAUGGGAGCCAUCUGAACUCGCGGGAAGGCCUAGAUUUUAGCCCAGCCCUCUUUCUCAAACUUUAAUCUGCUGCACUCCUGUUGGUGAAACAAAAGACCUUUUUUAAGACCAAAAGUGAGACAUUUGCUUCACUUGUCUGUCUGAUUCCUUGUGUUAUUUCAAUUUCAGCCCACCCUGACCUACAGUUAGGAAACUUCUGAAGCCACUCAGUCUAUCUGUCAGAAAAACUUACACAUGCUGAUUAUUUAAGGACCACAAAUAAUGUGUGUGUGUGUGUGUGUGUGUGUGUGUGUGUGUGUGCAUGUAAGAGGAAGGGAAUGCAUUUACUGUACAUAACACAUCUAGUUAUUGCAUAUACAUUAAGAAUCCAAUUUAUACAUCAGCCGCCAUUUGUGUAUGUAUUGGAAUAAAAUAGAGGAAUAGGAUGAUAGCACGUAAUCGAUCUUAGCAGAGUGCACAUGUACUGAAUUAAACACAGUUUUUAACAGUUUCAAAGAACGCAGACAGAUUUGAAAAAAAUCCAGUGUCAUAUGUGAGGUUUGGAAAAAAAUGUUUUGUAUGUUUAUUUGAAAUGCUUUGCUCAGUAAUGAAGGAUGCAAUCAGAUGGUAAAAAAGACACAGACAUACAAAUUGUUCUAUCACAAACCCUUCACACCGAUCAUGUCAUUGACCAGGGAAAGCCUGCAUAAUGAUUUGUCUGGUUUGUAGUAGCUUUUUGUUCAAUGUUGUAAAUAUUUCUCCACUGUAUGUUUCUGGUUCCACAACAUAUUCUGUUUAGUCAGAUUUGGAAUGUUGGAUCAGAGCCAAGAGAAAGACAAAGGGGUCCUUCUCAAGGGAAGGCGUACAUUUGCUGAGGUAGGGAGGCAGGGCUAGAAGUAAACUAUUGCUGUGAGUGUCCACCGUUCUGUUAAAAAUGACCCAACCUGCCUGCCCCGCCCAAGUAAUACCAGCACAACCCCUCCACCCAAAAACUGAGUUUCUCACACAAGCAAUAAUACCUUUCAGACCCAGAGGAGAAAUCAGAUGUCAUUUGCUUGGUCAGACCUGUUGAGCUGGUUUAAUGAUUAUUGUUGACUGA